UUCCUCAAUCAUUCCCUCAAAUAGGUUUCUCAGGCCUUGUACAUUCUCUUCUUCACCCUCAGGGAUGCCUAUGCUUCCUGUAUUUAGCCAUUCUACAUAAUCUCAUGUUUCUUUCAUAAUCCCACACAGGGAUUCAAUGUUGGCCAUGGCACAGAAAGCCACUUACUGUUACAGUGAGUAUUGCCAAUGAAGAAAAGAUUUAUUUCCGUGGCUGUGUCAACAGGGAGAGAGAGGCAGGAACUGCCACAAAUACACUUCCCUGACCAACAGGGUCAGGCUUUUCCUCUGUAGGUGAAAUGAAUAAUGCAUGAGGGGUGUCAGCAUCAUUGUGUGUUUUGGGGUAUAGGGCAGACCAUGUAAGUGCAGUGAGAAAUCAUGCUAGUACAUAUGUCCCACGAUCAAAAAAUGGCAGAUAUGUCCCUCCCAGGGCAGAUAUUUUAGCACUAUACUGAGCUAGGGGUUAAUAUUGGUCAUUCAUUCAGCCUUGUGCACAUGCUUAGUGGGUCUUGCGGCACGGUCCGUGCUCUUACCUUGUCUUCUCCAGACAAGCAGAUAGUAUGAGGCUAGGUAGGAGGUUAGUAGGAGAUUGUGUUGUUCUUGGAAAAGGAACUCAAAGGGGAAUAUAUCAGUACAACAGAAAAUUACAAAGUUUUAGUCAGAAAAUUUGGAUAAAGAGUUCUCUGUUGAUUUUCUGCCUAAUUGAGACAGUAGCUGCUAUUUACCAAGGCUGAGAUAAAUCCUGCUGUUAAGGCCAUUUAGAACUGUCACUCCCAGCCAUAAUAUGGACACUGAAAAUUCCUUUUACAUAUGAGAGAGCCAAAAACAUUAUUGCAAAAACAUUUUCUCACUUAUAAAACUGGUUACAAAGCUGCCAGGGAGGGGCUGAAGUGGCCUCACCCAACCAGAAAGUCUGCUUGUGGAGAUGGGGCCAUCUGAGAUCCACAAUCUGACUGUCCAGCUCUCAAACCUCCCCUUGGCCUGCAUGUCCGACCCGCUACUGUGCACCUCCAUGAAAUGCUGUGGGUAAGGUGCUCCCAAAGUGGGCACCCCAUGUCCACUGCGGGCCCCCAUGGGAAAAGGCAUGGGAUCCACCCUCCCUGGAAGCCUCAGCCUGCAGAAUGCACCCCCUGGGGACAGGUGUCCCAUUACCAGAUUCUUGGCUGGAACUGAACUCUCAGCUGCAGCACUGGGGAGAGGGUGGGGAGGAAGCAUCUGAAUGGAAGAAAGUCAGUUCUCUUGCCCCUUGUCACAGUUUCCUCGGAGGGGAGGCCCACACGGGAUAAUCAAGCUCUGCGAUUGCACAAGUUCUCCCCACUGGUCUGUGUUUGCCACAGUGCCUGGGCUCCUAGAGGUGGAAAAGCCUCCAAGAAACUUGGUAGCCUUCUGGCGACUGAAGGCUCAUGGAAAACAGAAUGUGAUUCUCCCACCCUUUUGCUGGGCUCUGAGCCUCUCUGGGUUUGAUCCUUUCAGAUCUUCUUCCUCCCUUAUCUUCUUCCCUCUCUACUAUGCAAUUUUUCUCCAUGGUGUCACCAGCAAGCUCUGCACCUCUGUCUAUGAGCUACACCUGAUCUGCAUUGAUUCUUCCUUCUCCCCUAUCUGAAAUCCUAUCUUCCCUCCGGGAAGGUCCAGCCAGCGAUGUGGCUAGACAGCCGUCUUGACCCUCCCCCACACACACAACUUCUAUACAGUACUGAAAGAAUUAGCAAGAGCUAUCAGUAUGAAAACAAAAUAAAAAGCAUCAAAAUAGGAAAGGAAGAAGUAAAGUACUCUCUCCUUCCUCCUCCCAACAUGUUCAGAACUGCCCUGAGAGGUUUUCAGAACCCUGGACAAGGCAUGUCUCCAGCCACCCACUUCCACGUGAAGGCAGGAGCAAGGUGGCACAGAGAAGCACAGAAGCACCAGCCAGCUUCGUGGUACAGUUACCUGAUCCCACAGAGCCAGGAGCUGAAGAGCAUGCUAGAUGGGGUAAGCACAGCCGUUAGAGAAUCCCGCGGCUGGCAACUUGUAAAACCAUCAAGGAGAGCGUAUCCCCAGCCCGAUGUACUGACACCCUCCAGACCAGAUGUCCUUGUUGUGACCCCUUGGCUGGCUCCCAUUGUGUGGGAGGGGACCUUCAACACUGACAUACUGAAUGAGCAGUUCUGGCUCCAGAAUGCCACCAUCGGAUUAACCGUGUUUGCCAUGAAAAAAUACACGGUUUUCCUGAAGCUGUUCCUGGUGACUGCAGAGAGGUACUUCAUGGUGGGACACAGGGUGAACUAUUACAUCUUCACCGACCGACCUGACCAUGUUCCCCACAUCCAGCUCCAUAAAGGAAGGCGGAUGUUCGUCCUCCAGGCCCAGAGCUACGCCCGCUGGCAGGACAUCUCCAUGCGCCGCAUGCAGGUGAUCAGCAACUUUUCCCAGCAGCGCUUCCUCGAGGAGGUGGAUUACCUCGUGUGCACAGACGUGGACUUGAAGUUCAGUGACCACGUGGGCGUGGAAAUCCUCUCCUCCUUGUUCGCCACCCUCCAUCCUAGCUACUAUGGGGUUCGUCGGAGCAACUUUGCCUAUGAACGCCGGCCUCGUUCACAAGCCUACAUUCCUGGGGAUGAGGGAGACUUUUAUUACAUAGGGGCCUUAUUUGGGGGGUCAGUGCCAGAGGUUCACCAGCUCACCGAGGCCUGUCACCAGGCGAUGAUGAUUGACCGAGCCAAUGACAUCAAGGCUGUGGGGCACGUUGAGACGUACUUGAACAAGUACCUGCUGUAUCACAAACCCACCAAGGUCCUGUCCCCUGAGUACAUGUGGGAUAAGUUGCUGCUCGAGGAUCUGUGGUAUCAGUGGAAGGUGGGCUCGCCCAGCAACGUAAAGCGGAGUCGAAUUGUGGUCCUGGCAAAGGACCUCUAGGAAAUACAAACUAAUAAAGGAGGUUCCCCAAAAGAGUUCAGACCGGGCUGAUGGCCAGUUGGCCCUAUUCUCCCUCCUGGCAUGCUAUGCUAAUAUAAAGUCCAUUUGACAACGAA